GUCACUCGUUCACAUGAAAAGUACCUUUGGAUAUGAGAAUUCGUGUGUGCGAUAAUGAUUUUUUGAUAAAUUCCGUGUUAUUUAGUUAGAUUUUAACAAAUUUAUCAUUAAAAAUGGUGACUAUAAUAAAGAACCAAUUACUUAAACAUCUAUCGAGGUUCACAAAGAAUCUGUCACCAGAACAGAUCUCCCUCUCAGCGCUGCGAGGUUCCGGUGAGCUGCAAGACUUGACCUUGGACGAAGAGUUGCUGACAGACCUCCUAGAGCUACCUGGAUGGUUGAAGCUCACCUCUGCUAAAUGCAACCGGGCCUCCUUCAGGAUACAAUGGACCAAGCUCAAGACAGUGCCUAUUGUGCUGAACCUGGACGAGGUGCACAUAGCCUUGGAGGUGUGCCAGGAGCCGAGGGUCAUGAACCCCAGCGCCGCCGGGGCGAUACCAGCGCCGGGGAAGUACAGCUAUAUACACAAGGUGAUAGAUGGAAUCUCUGUGGCUGUGAACCACGUGCAAAUAGACUUUAGUUGUGAAGCAUUCACCAGCAGUGUUCAGAUCUCAAGAGUAACGGUGGAGUCCCGAACGCCAGAGGGCCGCAAGGGAGACCUAAGACUGACUAGAAUCAAAUCGCCUGACACAGGACAACUGCUUAUAUUUAAGGAGUUAGAAUGGCAAAGCGCCCGCAUAGAGGCCAAAGCACUGGGCGCCGCCAACGCCAACCUACCGCCUUUACGACUGUUACUGGGGAACACGCACUGUCGGAUCGUCAUCAAGAAGAGAUUGUCAGACUGCGCGGUGAUAGGUUCCCGUCUGGCCAUCUGCCCGGAGCCGCUGGCGUGGGCGCUGACGGACGGGCAGCUGCGCGCGGCGCUGGCCUGCGCGGCCGCACUCGCCACGCCGGUGCGCCGGGCCACGGCCGCCGCUACCAGGGUCAAAGCGCUCAGGAAGAUCGAGGAACCCGUGGAGCAGAUCCCGAACAGGUCAGCGGCGGGUGAGCGCGACAUCCUCGCCCGAAUGUUCGCCAAGCACGACGUGCGAGAGACCUCGUACCACCUUCUCGCGCCGAGGGUCGACCUGCAUCUGUGCGAUGAUCCUGGCUUGGGUAGAUCAGAAAAGCCGGCGCUGUCAAACGGCGGUGCCUUGCAAGUGACGCUGGUGAGCAUGCAGGCGGACCUGUUCCCCUACCACAAGGCGUCGGACGACAGGAGGCAUUGGAGGGGAUACAGGGAAGCAGCAACGCCUCACACCCAGUGGCUCUCACAAGCCCUGACAUCAUUUUGUACAACACUACUCGAAUCUUUAGAUCCGAGGCCGCUCACGCCAAGUAGUAAGUCGAGCCAGGCCGACAAGGCGGACGAGCCGGUCUCCAACGGCAUCAAGCACAAGCCGGCGCCCGCACACAGCGCUUCCAACGCUCCGUCCACUAACACUACUACCUCACAAGCAUCGCCGACAAGAACGAGAAUACUCCAGCAGCUCGGCAAGCUCAUGACUACGUGUCUAGUACUUAGGAUAGACGACUUCACUGUUUAUAAGGUAUCUACAGGGUCCAAGUCGCGCGAGGUCCCGCGGCCGCUGGUGAGCGCGGAGAAGGCCACGCUCCCGGGGGACGCCGGCCUGCUGCACGCCGAGCUCACCUACUUCUACUACCCGGGGGAUGUCUGCUUCCCUGUACCAGCCCCGAAGCUCUUCGUCCAGCUGAGUCCAGUCCGAGUGUCGAUGGACGUGAACAGCGUGGUGUGGCUGGGCGCCUUCCUGCCGCACCUGCUGCCCAAGGACGCGGCUACAGAGGCGGAGAUGAAUGCCCAGGCCCCGUAUAUCGAUGUCAGGAUGGAGGCUAUCAUGCCUAAGGUGGUGCUGGAAGCAGGUCCGGAGCACGUCUCUCAGCAGCGCGACCGGCCCAAGGAACUGCACAUCUGUACUGCGCGGGCCACGCUCACCAACGUCCGGGAGUCGCCUAGAGCCAACUGCGCAGGCACCCGCGCGGACCUGGCGUCCAUCAUCUCUGCGCUGCGCCGGUCCGCGCCGCCGCGGGGCCAGUUCCCCUGCGCCGCCGACGACAUGGACCCCAUACACGAGCAGUUCAUACUGCACGCUGAUAACCUGGACGACGUGGAGCGCGGGCCGGGCAUGUGCCCGGAGCUGCUGUGGCGCGAGGCCCGCGGCGUGUGGUGCGCGCGCGCAGAGCCGCUGUGGGCCGACUGCUGCGGGGCGCGCGCGCUCUGCCGCCCCGCGCCGCUGCUGGACGCCACGCCGCUCACCGCCUGGAUAUGUUUCGACGAGAACUUCUCCCGCAUCUGGGUGGUGGCCCGGACGUGCGGUCUGGCCGGCCUGCAGCUGAACCAUUACCAGAUGCUGUUCCUCAUGCGCCAGCUGGAGAGGGUCUCCGAGAUGGCGGCCUGGUUAGCGCAUGAUGCUGAACGGCAGCCCGAUGCUGAAGAUGGGACGAUAGUGAUCGGUGUGGUAGUCCCAGCGGUGGAGUUAACCUUCGUGCUUCCAACCAACUGCCCCGGCCAAGAGUCUUCCCGAGACCUCGACAGCGUGCCAUUAGACUCGUCCAGCUUACAAGACCUCAAAAUGGAGCAGCACACGUCUACACUAGGUGCGUCCACGCCGCUCGAGGAAGCCUGCAUAGGUUCUGAAGCGACGAUGGCUCCGUCCAUGAUGGACCGGGAUAGCGGCGUGCUGGCCACCACGUCUGUGGAGGUCUACCAGCCGAUACCCAUUGAGGAACCGCCGCCGCCCAGCCCUGGACUCAGCUUUGGAGGCUUCUCAUCGAUGCGUCGCGGUUUGACGUCACUGGUCACGUCUAUAGACAGCGCCCUCACCAGGGACGACACUCGCAGUGACGCGGCCUCCACAGCCAGUUCAGACAGUGACCGAUACGUUGUCGUCGGACUAGCUGCCGAGUCACCUGAUGAUGCUGACAUGGCUUUCAGGGAGUUCGAGCACGGUCGAGCAUCUAGUGGUGUAGAAGUAGCAGCAGAAGUGGUGGAGAGGUCCUCAUCACCGAGUGAUCACUCCGUCACCAGCUCCUGUAGGAGACGAGAUGUUAUCUCGACAAGCACUUGGCGUCUGAACAACAUUCACAUAGUCCACCAGAGCGGUAGCGGGCGCAGCGCCCUCCGCCUCGCCGCCGACGACCUCAAGAGCGACGAGUGUAACGCCAUACCCUGGGACGAGUUCCAGAACAAGUUCGCGAUGAGAGCGCGCGCCUGGUCGGAACCGGUGGCGAGUGAGGCCGACGAGCUGCUGACAAGGCCUGAGCCUCAUGUGGCUGCCAGGCUGGUGAGGACCCAGCUGCCGAGAGAGUCUGAUGAGAAGGGACUAGCACCAUUUGAUGAGCUGCUAGAAGCUCGGAUUCGUGACCUGAGCAUAGCCCUCAAUAUGAGCACAGCGCUAGCGCUCGCUGAACUCAUCGAAGAUGAAGUCAUAGCGCCACCUAUGCCACUUGAGGUAUUAAUAGAGAACGUGAAGCUCCAUCUAAUAGAAGACCGUCCAACUCGCUCCAUCUCAUCACCAGCACCACAGCCACUCGACGUGGAUCUGACCACGCUUCGCAUGACGCGCGACACAGCUGGCGUGGUCCGCCUAGGCCCCCCUAUAUCGACCCCCUCGACUAUAGCAUCGCCAGCCACGCCGCAACCACAGCCGGAGCUGGACGAGGCAAGGGAGAAGAUUGACAGGCUGAACAGGGAGAAUGAAGAGUUGAGGAAGAGGCUGGUGACGUUAGCGAGGAUAGCUGAGGAUAAUAGGGAGUUGAGAGCUAAAGUAGAAGAGGCGUCAGUGUUACGUCAGUGCGUGCACUCCGCGCAGCAGGAGGCGGCGAGCUUGCUGGCCGACAAGCAAGAGCUUUUGGAAGCCAUGCGUAUUUUACAGGAGCAGUUAGGUGGUUGUCGCGGCAAGAGAUAGCGGUCGCGAGGCGGUCCGCCGCAGGGCUGCCUCGACUGCACCGCCUGCUGCGGGGACCAGCAGACUUAGACGGUAUAUACUAUACUAGGUAAUGUUGUGACUACCCUACUCGUUCAUGAAUGUUGAAAGCUUUGAUGGGAAUUGUUGUUUGACGUGCUUGGACGAUGUUAUCUUUGAAUAAUCCGAAGUUUUGUCUAAGGGCAGCUUGUGACUGGUUCAGUAAACUUUUCAGAAGAUUUUUAAUUUGCUGGCGUAUAAAACUAGAUAACAAUAAUAUCCCAUGAAGUUAGCCCGUGACAGAAAAGAUAAGAUAUAAUACUGGCAUAUAUAUGUCCCAAAGCUGGGUGCAGGCCUCUUCCCGUAGAGGGAAGGGUUGAGCUGAGAAUAGUCCAUAAAAAAUAAAUGGCUGAUUGAAGUCUCAAUACUGAAGAAAAAUGUAAAGAUUAAAUGUAUGAAGGUUUUUAUGUCGCCUAAAACAGUCUAAGAGUCAUGCGCAACUUACAAACCAGAUUCAAAUGUAAAAUAUUCUGAAACGGAAACAAACGCAACAUAAGGUUUAGACAUUUUAUGUCAUUAAUUAUUCAUGUGCCACCCUAUACCCUAAAGUGACAGACAAAAAUAGACUCAACGGCGACUUAAAACUGAAAACCCAUUUAUUAUUUGACAGAAAUAAAGUAUGAGAUUAACUUUUGUAAGUUACGUGUUCCUUUAAGCCAUUAUAUUGUGUACUUCGGCUUAGUUCGGCUAUUUUCGUAUUCAUACAUAGCUCAAUAUAUUGUGAAGAGAAAGAAACUCCAAAUGCAUAAGUUAAAUAGGAUUUUAAUAUUUUAUGUUAGCUCAGAUCAGGAUUGUGAUUGUGGAAGCGAGAUAGCGAUACAAUGCACGUAACGGCGUUUCGCUUACACAACGACAGGACCUGCGCUAAGGCAAGUUAUUAGCUGAGUUUUGUUAAAGUACACGCCACUAGCGCCAUCUGUUUAAUUUAUGUGUUUAUACCAGUGAAGUAUACAUAUAUAGUUUGGAGGCCAUAAAGUUUAUAAUAUUAAAAUCAAAGGUGCAAUGCAGACAGAGGAAUCAGUUGGUAAGCUUGAUUUUUAAAACAGAAGGAAAAAAGUUACAUGAAAAUGUAAUUUUUGGAAUGUAUCAUUAACGAGUGAAGUUUUUACUGUUUUAGCUAUUGAAAAAUUGAGCUUAGCAAUUGCGAUACUGAAAGUUAUAAUAAAGUUACUGAAGUACUUAUAUGAAGCAUUUAUUAAUUAUUUAUUAUAUUUAUAGCUUAUUUAAUAUUUUAAAGAACAUGUUCCUCUUGUUUUUAAUCUGAUUUUUCUCUACCAUAGUACUACAAAACACCGUUUCUUUUAUCCAGAGAAUAUAUUUAUUUGUUUUUUUUUUUAUUUAAGGAACAACGGAAUGUUAGUAUAAUUUUUUGCUUACCAUACCAUUGAGAGAAAAUAUUGAAUUGAAUUUAACUUAUAAUAUGUAUUUGUAAGUCUGUAUUUACAUAUAAAAUAACUAAUUAGGCAGGUAAAACAAAUGUAUUGCCAUAUGUUAUAUAUAUUUAAAUGUAUUAUAAUGUAAACAGCCCCAAUCCGUUAUAUAUAUGCCCCUUGAGAAGUAAGAAUGUUAUCAAUAUGAGAAAAACUAAAAUAUUACCUCAAUUUGAAAAUAAUAAUAAUAGUAUAUUUCAUUACUCUUCGCGAUAUAAUAGUAGGAAUAGAAGGAGUUAUUAUAGUUUUUAUAAUGUGAGUGAAAACAGGAAUUGCAAUAUAAAGGUGUCAGUUAUUUUUAUAUGUUAUGUAAGCUUUUCGAUUUGGGCUUUCAUUUAGGUACCACACAUCAUUAAGAAGAACUUUCUUCAACUUUUUCAUUAUACUUGGCCUGUUACAAGUUGUAAGUCGAAUUGUUCCAAUAUACUGACUCGACAAGUCAGUUUCCCAACAGAAAUUUGCAGUUUUCUAUUCCUUUCUAUAGCUGUAUAACUUUUCUAGGGAACUUAUUGGUUUUCUUCGUGAGAAUUUCACCAAUUUCUCGUCUUUGGAAAAUUGGACUGUUUAUUCAGACGCUGAAAGUCGAUUAUCAUCUGACAACUUACUGAUUCUACUAAACACUGUUUCUUAGUUACCAAAUCGUUUAUUUUUUCCCAAAAUAAAGCAAUAUUAUUUUUCUAUUUUUUUUUUAUAUCAACUAAAUAUACAUAUUUAUGAUACGAUAUAGAUAGAUAUUGAGUGUGAGAUGUGGCUUAAGAGGGCUAGUGCUAUGAAUAAAAGUACUAAGAGGCUUUCAAUGUACAUUAUCAUGUUAAAAAAGUAUUUAAAUGUAAUCGUUCAAUAUUGUUUUAGUGCCAAAAGCGCAGACUGUAGUUACACGCAGUGUUUGACGUUUUAAUCUCAAGCAUUUUUAUUUUUGAACUACCGUCAAAAUUAAUAUAAAUUAUUUGUGAUAUUUUUCGAUGAAGUUAAUAUGGAAAUUGUAAAGUUUGUCGAAAUGAAAUAAAAGAUUAAUAGGCCAUCGAUCAGUGCGUGUAAUAUAUUUUCAUUUUAAAAAGAGGUUGUAUAUAAAGAUUUAUAUUUUUUUGUAAUGAAGUGAACAUUUUAUUUCUGUAAUUUUUAAAACGGACUGUACAUAAUUUUACGUGGUGACGUGCGUAGCUAUUUUUUCAGGUCUUUUUACUGUUUAUUAUUAUAUCUUAUAGUAUAUUGUGAAAUUCCAUUCGGAUUAGUUGUGUGAAGGGGUCUUCUAAGAGAUUUGAACGGAACUCCAGCCUUAAAUAAAAAUAUUUGCUUAUCGGAGACAAUCUUGAAUCCCUUUGAACACACCUUAAGGUCUAUGUGUAAAAGAAUAUUAAUGUAUUAUAUGCCUAGCCUGUACUGUCCCAUGGUGGGUGAAACUGUAUGAUCAGGUAAUAAAUUUGAAUAUUUUCCAAUAUUUUGCGAUACGAUGUCAAUAUGCGAUUGUAAAUUUUGACAAUAUCGCAAAAUUAUCGCUGUUGUAUUGUUCUUGUUAGGUACAUGAUAACACUUCUAUAAUAUCAUUGGGACAUGACGGAUAGCUUCACUCCUCAGAGGCACAUUACAGGCUAAAUAUAAAAGAAUAUCUAAAACUUUUUAAACUUCAGUGAGAAUUUUAGUAGUAAACUUUGAUAUUAAUAGGUUUUUACAUACAUAUUGUCCUUUAGAACGAAGUUUGCCGAGUGGAUGUGUUUCACUGUGCAAUAUACGUAUAUUUGCGGUCGUUUUUCAUAACCGCUGUGGUGUUAAUGUUUAAGUAGUUUGUUAUAGCUUUAUGAAGCCUGGUUGUAAGGCCCUAUGUCUGUUGUAAAGUUUACGUGCGUUUUAGUAAUUUCCUCAGAUAUGCGAGAGGCAGGAUGGGUGAGGGAGAGAAAAGACAAUCUACGACGUCGUGUGAGUCGUAGAUUGGUAUAUAGUUUUGAAGUUUGAAGCAGUGAUAGCCUAGUGACGCCGCUGGACUGCCAAGUUCGAUCCCAAAGCAUGCAUAAAAAGUUUUGGAUUUCGUGUGUAUUUCAGAUAGAAAACCACACGAAAUUAUUGCUAUUUAUUAUUGCUUCUGUGUCGCGAUAUACCGGCCGAAAUCGACUUUUUAAUUACCCCAGGAGGUCACUAGAACUUACACGUGCACUCAACUUACUCUUUAUUUCAUAAAAUUCCCUUUUUCAUAUACUUCCAUCUAUUUAAUGCAUAUCAAUUCAAAAAAUCAUACAUGCGCUUAAGAUGAUACAGGUAAUUUUGAACGCAUAUACCGUUUUUAUGUUACCGUGGUUAACUAAAGUAUUAACACCAUAUAUCACUUGUUAUAACGCAAUAUAUCACAAUUCGGGGUAGCUCUAUAUAUCUUGUACUACUUUCUCUUGCAGUGGCGGGUCCAGGUUCGAUUCUAAGGUGUAACAUCACUACUGGUCGAUUUUAAAACAAAUUGAACACUAUAAACAAAUUCUUACGGUAGUAAAAAUCUAAUUGGAUAAUGAUUUGUACGGUCAGAUGAUAUGAUAUCGAAAGUCGCCUAACAAAGUCUGAUUUUCGAACUGCCAAAACUGAUUCAAGACACCUAAUGUAUUGGUAUUCAGUAAAUUAUUUAGUACAAUACUAUUUGGUUAACUUUUUUUUUAAACCCAAAUUAAGUUAUUUUUUUAUUUGAUUCAGUAACCCUGUAAAUCAUCAUUUGUAGGUAUAGUUACUGAUUGUACAUACUUUACCUUACCUAGUAUUCAGUACGCUCGAUUAUUCACAUUGACAAAUGAAGAAAUUUGUUGCACUAAACCUGGACCCGCCAGUGUUCUCUUACUAUGUGUUAGGUUAAUAAAACUCGUGCCUGUAAUAUUAGGUACAUAAUAUAUCCGCUUUAUGGUCGUUGCUGCCUUUUUAUACUCUCAUCUAUUUAAUCAAUUAACUUUUAAGAAACAAAUUGUCUUUACUAUUAAUAUAAGUUACAUUUUUAAGCGCGCCUUUUUUAUCCAAUCGAAUUGCUUCGUGUUGUUUACGCGGCAAUUAUAAAACGCUCUGAUUGGACGAUUCGGUAUUCGUCGCGCAGAAUCAACCAAUCAGCGAUUAUUUUGUUUUUUUUUUUCAGCGCAGGCAAGUGAUGUUCUUACUAAUGUAACUUAUAUUUACAGAUCUUCUGUACGUUUUCCUGCCCUGUUAACUGUUGAAGUGACAUUUAACUGCGUUAUAAUAAUUUACUUGAAAUGUUCUUUUUUUUUUAAUUCGGUAAAUGUCAUUUUGAACUGGUAUUUUCUAUGUUUUUUAAUGUUGAUCGGUAAUGUCUGUCCAAGGUACGUUGUUUCUUCAAUGUUUAGUGUCGUACAAAACCCGACUUGAACAUGUACCAUAACGUUGUUGCAAUUUAUUAAGUUACGAAGGAAUUGUUAAAAUUAAAUUCAAUAUUCUAUA